GCUCGCUCAGUCCGCCGCUGCCGCCGCCGCCGCUCCUCGGGUCGCUCGCUCGGUACACUGAAGAUGGCAGAAGCUCACCAAGCCGUGGCCUUCCAGUUCACGGUCACUCCUGAUGGAAUCGACCUGCGGUUGAGCCACGAAGCUCUCAAGCAAAUCUAUCUCUCCGGUCUUCAUUCCUGGAAAAAGAAGUUCAUCCGAUUCAAGAAUGGGAUCAUCACCGGCGUGUACCCGGCCAGUCCGUCCAGCUGGCUUAUCGUGGUGGUGGGCGUGAUGUCAACCAUGUACGCCAAAGUGGACCCCUCCUUGGGAAUCAUUGCAAAAAUCAAUCAGACCCUCGACCGGACGGGCUGCAUGUCCAGCCAGAUGAAGAACGUGGUCAGCGGGAUCCUUUUCAGCACGGGCUUGUGGGUGGGCCUCAUCUUCCUGAUGCGCUACACCCUGAAGGUGCUGCUCUCCUACCACGGAUGGAUGUUCGCCCAGCACGGCAAGAUAAGCCCGGCCACCAAAAUCUGGAUGGCUAUGGUGAAGGUGUUUUCAGGCCGAAAGCCCAUGCUGUACAGCUUCCAGACAUCCCUGCCGCGCCUGCCCGUUCCAGCCGUCAAGGAAACCGUGAGCAGGUAUCUGGAAUCAGUGAGGCCUCUUAUGAAGGAAGACGACUUUAAACGGAUGACAGUGCUUGCCCAAGAUUUUGCUGUCAAUCUCGGACCCAAACUACAGUGGUAUUUGAAGCUGAAAUCCUGGUGGGCUACAAAUUACGUGAGUGACUGGUGGGAGGAGUACAUCUACCUCCGAGGGCGCGGCCCGCUGAUGGUCAACAGCAAUUACUACACCAUGGACUUCCUGUACGUCUUGCCAACACACCUGCAGGCGGCCCGGGCAGGCAAUGCCAUCCACGCCAUCCUGCUGUACAGGCGCAAACUGGAUCGCGAGGAAAUCAAGCCUAUUUUUGUUUUGGGAUCCACGGUUCCGCUCUGCUCUGCCCAGUGGGAGCGAAUGUUCAAUACUUCUCGAAUCCCAGGAGAGGAAACAGACACCAUCCAGCACAUCAGGGACAGCAGGCACAUCGUCGUGUACCACAAAGGACGGUACUUCAAGGUCUGGCUCUACCACGACGGCAGGCUGCUGAAACCUCGAGAAAUCGAGCAGCAGAUGCAGAGGAUUCUGGAUGACCCGUCGGAGCCGCAGGCUGGAGAAGCGAAGCUGGCGGCACUCACCGCAGGAGAAAGAGUGCCCUGGGCUAGAUGUCGCCAAGCUUAUUUUGGGUGUGGAAAAAAUAAGCAGUCCCUGGAUGCAGUCGAAAAAGCAGCGUUCUUCGUGACGUUAGAUGAAACAGAACAAGGAUACAGGAAGGAAGACCCAGACACAUCCAUGGACAGCUAUGCAAAGUCUCUCCUGCAUGGCAAAUGUUUUGACAGGUGGUUUGACAAGUCCUUCACGUUUAUCGUCUUCAAAAACGGCAAGAUUGGCAUGAACGCCGAGCACUCCUGGGCAGACGCCCCGAUCGUCGCCCACCUGUGGGAGUUCGUGAUGGCCACUGACGGCCUGCAGCUCCGCUACACAGACGACGGUCACUGUAAAGGGGACACCAACCCAAGCAUCCCGUACCCCACCAGGCUGCAGUGGGAGAUCCCUGAAGAAUGUCAAGAGGUUAUAGAGACUUCCCUGAGCGUCGCGAGUAUUCUGGCAAACGAUGUCGAUUUCCACUCCUUUCCAUUCGUCACUUUUGGUAAAGCCGUAAUCAAGAAAUGCCGAACCAGCCCAGACGCCUUCGUGCAACUCGCCCUCCAGCUGGCUCAUUACAGGGACAUGGGCAAAUUUUGCCUGACGUACGAAGCCUCCAUGACCCGGCUCUUCCGUGAGGGCAGGACAGAGACCAUUCGUUCCUGCACCACCGAGUCGUGCAGUUUCGUGCGUGCCAUGGUGGACCCCACGCAGACGGUUGAGCAGAGGCUGAAAUUAUUCAAGGUUGCGUCCGAGAAGCACCAGCUGCUGUACCGCCUGGCGAUGACCGGCUCUGGGAUCGAUCGUCAUCUCUUCUGCCUCUACGUGGUGUCCAAAUACCUGGCCGUGGAUUCCCCUUUCCUUAAGGAAGUUUUGUCUGAACCGUGGAGACUGUCCACCAGCCAGACCCCUCAGCAGCAGGUGGAGCUGUUUGACUUGGAGAGAAAUCCGGACUACGUGUCCAGCGGAGGGGGCUUUGGACCAGUUGCUGAUGAUGGCUACGGUGUGUCGUAUAUUCUCGUGGGAGAUAACCUCAUCAAUUUCCAUAUAUCUUCCAAGUUCUCUUGCCCUGAGACAGAUUCGCAUCGCUUUGGGAAGCACCUGAGGCAGGCGUUGAUGGAUAUCCUCUCCUUGUUUGGGACCAUUUCUAAUUCCAAAAAGUAAUUCCACUGGAGUGGCCCUGGAGGAAAAUGAACUCUUCCAAUAAAAACCAAAUGAGAACUAGGUAUAAAUCCUGAUGGUAGUUCAGGAUGAAAAAUUGCCCUUAAAGAACUCAGAUGUUUCCCUUCUGUAAAAGGUUUGGUGUUUUUGUUUUUGCCAGAACAGUAGCCUCCACCAUGUGAAGUGUAACCUACUGCUUCUAGGUAUGUCUUAAUAACUCCAUGAACAUUUGAUAAAGUCCCCUCUAAAGUUUUGCAUUGGCUUGUAUUUAUUAAGGGAUUAAAAUAUGUUGAAUUACUUAAGGAAUUAGUGGAGCUGUGGCUUCGCAAAUAUUGCAAAAGGAAAUGGCACUCUUUCUCAGUGGAGAGCAAACACCUGGCUCGUGAGGGCAUCUAACUUUCAGCCUUUGUUGUGUGCAAAGAAGAAAGGGUUGUUCGAGUUGGGGUUGGUAACAAUUACAGCUAACCCUCGUGUAAUGCACUAACUGAGGAUGCUGUGCUUUUGGACACGACAUCUUGUUUUCUGCGGGUAGCUCUGUCAUAGUUGAGUCUGACAGUCUUAUUUUUGCUUCUCCAUCUUUUAAGCAGGUAGAAUGCCACACCUCUAGUUUUAGAAACCUUACACGUAUUCAAACCCAGUGCCUUAAAAACAAAAGGCUCUAGAUGCAGAGGAGACCAUAGGAAAGAUUAUUUCUGUCAAGUCUUUAUUUCUGCAUUGUGGAUAUACCACUCCCUUCCCAAUUUAACUGAGUAUGAAUGACCCUAAAUAAACCUUUUCCCUACCCAUAGAAAACAGGGCAGCUUUGCCAUGUUUUCCUAAUUGGAAUGCCUUCCUAUCAUAAUUAAGCAACACUGGCACAUAUCAGAGAUGGGGACCAAGGGUUGAGGGCCAAAUAUUUUAUGUCUAGGGACUUCACUGAAGAAUAAAAUGCGAUAUGUGCCUCUGGAGUAUGGCUUACCCAAACACAUGGUAAGGAGAGCAUGGUAUUGGCUCCUGAGAAAGGAAUAAAACCUGAGGGCAACCGCAGGAUGCUCAAGAGAGCCCAGCUCCGUUCUGCCAGGAGGCUCCUGUUGAGGGGUGGCGUGGGGGGUUAGAUGGAAGCAACUUGCUUGGUCAUCUUUGGAGCUUUGCAGGUGAUGGGUGCUAGGUAUCAACACAGCCUGUCCUCGCCUUCGGAGUGCCUUUAUCAAAAGGGUCUGCCUGACCAAAAAGCAAUCAUGCACUGAAUCGUCUUCAGUAUUUAAUAUGAAAAUUAAAGUAUCACGGAAGGAAAUUCCCACUGCCUCAGAGCUGUAAUGACAAGCUUAAAGGUCUUUUUAACUGUGUAUUUAUUUUGCUGACCACUUUGUUCUCUGCGGGCUCCCCUUCAAGAGUUCUGCACUCCAGUAAUAACAAAAACAAGGGCUGAACUUGGGGAGGGGGCCAAGGCGCUGGCUGAAGAGCACAUACGUAUUUUAUUUAUGUAUAUUUUGUAAUGUAAAAAUUCCACCUAAAUGGGCCAAAGAUUUUUUUUUUCCUCUUUAAAAACCUUAAGAAAUGGAAACAAAAGACAAAAAAACAAAAAACAAUCAAACAAAAAAUCCAACAGCAGUCACUAAGGCCCCCAGCCGUCUGGGGGCAAGCAUGGGUUCCGGUCACCAGCCUGUAGCCGGUGUCAUCUGCUCUCAGAGCCGCCUCGGUCAUGCACUGCUGACCACGUAACCGAUGUGUGUUACCAUGUUCGCGCGUGAAUUCAAGGGUAGUCGUAUUUGGGCCCGCCUCUCAGGUUUCAAAUGUAAUUGUGAAUUAAUUGGCGCAACUUCCAAUGCAAUUUUAUACUCCUUAAAAGAAGGGAGAUCCGCCAAAAGGGGGAGGUAAGAGUAUUAUGUAUUUAAUUUAAUUUGGAACAAAUCACAGCCUUAGCGGAGCUGUGGUUUGAAUUUAUCCCGGAAUGUCCACUGCAUGUAAAUACAAUAUGCUCUCUAGGGUGUAGAUCUUGGGAAUGUAGAGUGUGAAUGUAGGUUAUCAUGAAUAAAAAAUUAAC